UUCAAGUGAUAGAAAGAACCUACAAGGAUCGAUCAUCUGGUCGUCGUCGUCAGAGCCAAGAGUAGUGGUCAGCUUGAUUUGGGAUGAGCAUGGAAUGGAGGAAAUAUUAUUUGGAUGUCAUGUUGGUGCCUCUGGGGAUUAUUAUAAACUUGGUUUAUCACUUUUGGUUAUGGCAUAAGCUUCGCACCGAUCCCUUCACCACUGUCAUCGGAAUCAACUCUCAUGGCCGCCGGCUCUGGGUUCCCACGAUGAUGAAGGACAUAGAAAAGAAGAACAUCCUAGUAGUGCAAUCCCUGCGCAAUCUGAUAAUGGGUUCAACACUCAUGGCCACCACAUCGGUCUUCCUCUCGGCCGGCCUAGCCGCCGUCAUAAGCAGCACCUACAGCGUGAAGAAGCCUCUCAACGACGCCGUUUACGGAGCCCACAGUGAGUUAAUGGUGUCGCUGAAGUUUGUGACGAUACUCACCAUCUUCCUCUUCUCAUUCUUGUGUCACACUCUAUCCAUAAGGUUUCUGAACCAGGUAUGCAUCCUCGUGUGUACCCCACAAGACAUGAAAUCCAUGGUGAACCCACAGUAUUUAACAGAGCUUUCGGAGAAAGGAAUCAUAUUGAACACAGUGGGCAAUAGGCUUUUCUACUCAGCACUUCCUCUUCUUCUUUGGAUCGUCGGACCUGUGCCUGUUUUCUUGUGUUCAGUGGCUAUGGUGAUUGUGCUUUACAAUUUUGACUUUCUUUAUGGGAAUAGUACGACGGCAAAACUGGACUUUAAUGGAAGAAAAGAUGAUGACGUUUGAUGGACGUGAGAGAGAGAUGCAUUCUUGAGUAAGAAAUUCUCAAUCUAGGUAUAAGAAAAAUUUGAUGGAUCACAAAAAUGGAAACUCUAUGACCUGUUUACUUUUGUAUGAAGUUAAAGAAGGAGCGCAUUACCAAAAUAAAAUCAGUCAGCAUUUUUGUUAA